GGUUGACUACAAAAUGCUCAGUGGACAGUGUGACUUCAGCAUACCGGCAAGGUCAUAUUCCUCAAUCUGACUGAGGGAGAAUUCAAACACUAUUCUAAAUAGACUGAUUCUCUUGCAAGUUGCCGCUGGCAUAAAUGUUUUCUUGUUUGCGACAUUUUUAUCACAGCUCAGUCAUUUAUUGGUCUGUUACCUGCAUGUUUUAUUCGAUGAAAUGUUUGCCAGCAGAUCUCUCGGCUGCUGCCUUGAUGGGGUAUAAAGGCUAUGAUUAGCAAAUAAAUCAAGAUAUUUGUGUGCAAAUUAACAAAGGACACUGGAUAGAUACAAGCGACUAUCUCAACGUCGGAGCAAGCAAUUUAAGCGCAAUUCGCAACUCCACGCCCUACUGCUAAUCGGUACCACAAUGUCCCCUCCAGCCUCCGCUGCGGCAGCGAGUGAGAGCAGUACAACCACCGUUUUCGAGGAAGACACCAGAGAAGAGCAGAGGCCCUUGAAGCAAUCCCUGAGCAAGUCCCUGUGUAGAGAGAGCUUCUGGAAAUGCCUGCUGCUCUCCAUGCUCAUGUACGGCUGCAUGGGAGCCAUGGUGUGGUGUCAUGUCACCAAGGUGACUCGCCUCACCUUUGACAGUGCCUUCAAAGGGAAGUCCAUGAUGUACCAUGACAGCCCCUGUUCUGACGGAUACAUCUACAUCCCUCUGGCCUUCCUGCUCAUGCUCUACCUGGUCUACUUGGUGGAGUGCUGGCACUGCAAUGCCAAGAGUGAGCUGCAGCAUAAAAUGGAUGUAGAGGGCAUUUAUGAACGUAUCCAAAGGAUGCAGCAAGCAAAACCCUGUAUCUGGUGGAAGGCCAUUAGCUACCAUUAUGUUAGACGGACUCGGCAGGUCACACGCUAUCGUAAUGGGGACGCCUACACCAGCACACAGGUCUACCACGAACGGGUCAACACCCAUGUGGCUGAGGCUGAUUAUGACUAUGGUCACUGUGGGAUGAAGGACAUCUCAAAACAACUGCUUGGUUUGGAGAAGGCCCCACUCACCAAACUGAGGUUCACCAAGUGCUUUAGUUUUGCUAAUGUGGAGUCUGAGAACUCCUACCUCACCCAAAGAGCAAGGUUCUUCACUGACAACGAGGGGCUUGAUGACUAUAUGGAGGCACGGGAGGGGAUGCACCUGAAGGACAUUAACUUAAAGGAGUGUGUGAUUGUGUUUUCUGAACCUGACCACCACCCAUGGUAUGUGUCUCAUCAUGUGUUCUGGGCAGCAUCCUUCCUCACCUUAUCGUGGCCCCUGAGGGUUUUCACAGAGUACCGCACUGCCUACGUCCAUUACCGUGUGGAGAAACUCUUCGGUGCGGAUUACGUCCCUGUGACGCCUCUCGAUGAACGCCCUUACAGCCACCGGAUCCCCCGGGUCAACACCAUCGACAGCACAGAGCUGGAGUGGCACAUCCGUUCUAACCAGCAGUUAGUGCCUAGCUACUCUGAGGCUGGACUCAUGGAACUGGCCCAGUGCUCCUCUGGUGGCUUUGGUGGUUUAAGACAGAACUGCGAGCGCUGUCACCGGGCAAUGAGCAGCUCCUCUGUUUUCUCCAGGAGUGCCCUCAGCAUAUGUACCGGCAGUAGCCCGCGGGUCGGCCGGGUGCCCUACAGUGGCAGCCGCUUCUCCUUGGGCCGGCGCUACGGAUCGCGACGCAGCUGUUUCUGGAGGAGUAGAAGCAGUUUGGAUGAGCAAUUGAGUCCCAGUGAGAACACCCGCUGCCUUUCCGGGCGCCUAACCACUGACGACGAGGACCCCCCAGAUUACCAAGAUGCUCUCUGCUUCCCCGUGCUAAUUUUUCACUGUAGUGAGAACUGCCACAAUCACAGGUCCUUUCAUAGGAAUGGCUCCUGUGUGGAGACCUCUCUAUGACAAUGCAAUGUAUUCACAGAUAGCACAACUUUGUGUGUGAACAAAGAUGUUUGCCCCGUGUGACACUAACAACUACAGAAAACCUCAUGGCAUAAGAUUGUUAAUGGGAUUGGAUAGAUGUAAAUCUUAGGUGCAUAUUCCCUCAAUACCUUUUAACUAGUGAUCACUAGGGGUGACAUUUAGGCAGUGACAACACUAAAAUAUGGAGAUGCUACCAAAAAAGAAAUGUACACAUUCAAUGCAGUCAAGUCAUUUUUUGGGUAAACUUUAGGCAUAAGCCAAGGCCGGUGGGGAUGAUGCUGGAGUCUAUGUUCUAUAUACGUUAAUAAGUGUAUUGAGUAUAAUUGUAUUUGCAUUCAUUUCAUAAAUACUUUCAUAAAGUCUUCCUCUUAAUUAUGAAAUAACAAUACACAUUUAUUCAACACAUCAGUUGAGAGAAGUUUUUAAAAUUAAAGUAAUCUGGAAAAAAAUCAACAGCAAUAACUAUGACUUCACCAUUCUCUCAUAAUUGGAACCAACAUGUUGAGAUAACUGCCACAUGAAAACAAACAUCAAUGGCACAGUUUCUAUGACUUCCUUUUGUUUGUAUCAGUUCUAUUUGAACACUAUAUGAUAGUCACAUAGGCUAUUGAAAUGUAACAUUGCUUACUUAAUCUGCAAGUGGUGCCCCAACACCUUUUUAACAAAGGCACCUGCAAGUUAUACAACUCCACUUUUCAGAGGGGUUUUGGUUUCCCCAUUGGUUUAAUAAUAUGAAGCACAUGAGACAUAUUUUCAUAUAAGAGUUAGAACAUGGCUCAAAUUCUUUCCAACAACUCACAAAUAUCUGUUAAUAAUCACUUAAGGUCACACUAGACAUGAUGAAUUGUAGCUGUAAAUGUUGAAUUGUAUAUGAAUGUUAAUGUAUAUUUCUUCUCAAACUUUGUAGCAAGUAUGUGUUUAAAUUGACAAAUAUGUAUAUUAACAUGUCUGGAAAAUACAUAAAAUAUGACAGUGAUGGGAAAAGUAAUUCCAUAGUCUUGUGCAAUGCAAAUAAGAUAUUGCAACAAAAUAAUCACAAAUAAUAAAUACACUGUCACCAGUUUGUGAGGCACAUUGUAUCCUUUGAAUGAUUGAAAAAAUAAACCUCCCACUGGGCACAGACAUCAAUUCAAUGUCUAUUCCACGUUGGUUACACGUCAUUUCAUUGAGAUGACUUGGAAACAACGUUGAUUCAACCAGUGUGUGCCCAGUGGGGUACUGAUCACAAACCAACAUUUAGGUAAAAAAAAAUAUAUAUAUAUUUAAAAAAGAGCAUGAACAAAUACUGAUAAAAAUUUUUGAUUGAAAUAUUGGAAAAUAUUAAUUUAAAUGUUAUGGAAAAAACAAGAAUGUCGCCGAUACGCCUCUGAUUUAUUUGUGUAGUUUUCAUGAGGUGUAAAUACACCUGUACUAGGCUACACUCUCUUUCCAAUAAAAAGCAACAUACUGAUA